CACACAUGUCGUCAUGCAGUCAUGUUCAGAGCGGAGCUGUCAGUCUCAGUGGAGAUGUUGGAGGAACAACAAAUGUGCAAAGAGGACUAAAUUACCACAGGUAGAAAAUGACAAGCAGCCCCCUUUCAGCUGGGAAAUGGAUGAGUAAGAGGAUUUAGAGUGGUGCCUGUGAAUAAUAAGAAGGGGGAGAGUCUCAGAGGAGGAUCUCUGGAUGUCAGGAGCGUGCGUCAGCAGGAAGACCAGAUGAACAAGCAGAGGGGGAGGUGGUGACAGCAGAGGUGAGCAACUCCGAACCAGAGCCUGACUGGAGGGAAAUGUCAGAGACAAUAACACAAAUCUGCUGGAUUUAUCCCCCUCUACGCCACACCUGGACAGCACCUCUGGACAGCAACAAGGGAGAGGAGAGAAAAUGAAAUGGGAAUAAUCUGUUUGACUUUGCAGGUUCUUGCUGACGACAGAAGCUUCUGAUUGUCUUCUACAAUCCUUCAGCAAGAAGAAACUGAGUCUGAUCUGCAUGGAGUGCUGUUGUCUGCUGCCUGUGGGAGGAAUUCAGACAAAAAUGCGUCAUUAAUGGGAAACAAUGAGGAGCUCGAUAUUCAUCUGGUUUCAUCAAAUGUUGACUCGGCCUGAAUGAUAGAGAGAAUCAAGGUGGAAUCCCAGGACGAGUUUAUCCAACAGUGCAAAUUAUGGGUCUUCCUGUGAUCUGAAGGAUCUGAGGAGACGCUGUGUGCACCGUGCUGUACCUGUCCUCCUGCUGAUGGCAUGGAGCUCGUAGCAGGCAGACUGGCUGGUUGAGGUCUUUGAGCUCCAGGGAAGGUGCUGCAGAGCCAACGAUGGGAGAGACGGCAGAGUACCAGAGGCUGCAGGAGACGUCUGAACCCGACUACCAAGGCUCCGCCAGCGAUGAUGAUGAGAGAAUGGGCAGUAGCAUGCAGAGUGAAGAAGGAACAAAAUGGCUGCUGGAGCUUCUGAUGGAGGUGCAGCUGCAGCAGUACUUUGAACGGAUCAGAGACGAGCUCAACGUCACACGGCUGUCGCACUUCGACUACGUCAAGAAUGAAGACCUGGAGAAAAUCGGCCUGGGCCGACCUGGGCAGAGACGUUUAUGGGAGGCCGUGAAAAGGAGGAGAGCCAAGCGCAAGUCCUGGAUGAGCAAGGUGACACACACUCCUUCGAACAUCCUGCUGGCCUCUAAACACUCUGUGAAGAUCGGAGACUUCGGUCUGAUGAGGGCGCUGCCGAAAAAUAAUGAACAUUACGUCAUGCAGGAGCAUCGCAAGGUGCCCUUUGCAUGGUGCGCUCCGGAGAGUCUGAAGACGAGAACGUUCUCUCACGCCACGGACACAUGGAUGUUUGGAGUCACUCUCUGGGAGAUGUUCACACAUGGACAGGAGCCGUGGCUGGGCCUGAACGGUAGCCAGAUUCUUCAUAAAGUUGAUAAAGAAGGACAACGACUCCCCAAGCCAGAGGACUGUCCCCAGGCUGUCUAUAAUGUCAUGUUGCAGUGCUGGGCUCAGAAACCAGAUGACAGACCCACCUUUGUCGCUCUCCGUCAGUUCCUCCUCGAGUUCAUGCCCACAGACAUGUGUGCGCUGCAGGACUUUAUUGAGCCCGACAAACUCCAGAUCCAAACAGACGACAUCAUCACCAUCAUAGAGGGAAGAGCUGAGAACUACUGGUGGCGUGGUCAGAACAAGCGUACCCUGAAGGUGGGUCAGUUCCCCAGGAAUGUGGUGACGUCUGUGGCAGGGCUGUCAGCGCAUGACAUCAGCAGGCCUCUGAAGAACAGCUUCAUCCACACGGGUCACGGAGAUGCAAACCCUCAGCGCUGCUGGGGCUUCCCACACAGAAUCGACGAUUUAUACCUCAGGAACCCCAUGGAUCCUCCUGAUGUUCUGGGUUUUGAACGCUGUUCUACCCGGCCCACACAGCUUCCAGGACAAGCUAAAAAGGAGCCUCCUCCUCGCCCUCCUCAGCCUGCAGCGUUAUUCAGGAAACAUUGCUAUGAUCCAGUCAGUGAAGAUGAUCUGUCCUCUGCAGCACUUAAGAGACUGUCGCUGAGAAAAAACAGCUCACUCAAAAGCCUGAAACUUAAACCGUGUGUCCCUGGUUCUAAACUGGGGGCUAGCAGGACUUCUAGACCCUCCCCCAGCAGUGAAGGGUUGCUAAUUGACUUUGAUGAAGAAGUCCCCUCAGCCUCACUCCUUCCCUCCCCUGUGGUUGAAAAUCAGAGUCCUCUGCUGGCCAAGCUAGCUGUGGAAGCACAAAACAUCCUGGACAAGACCCCCCCUCAAAGCCCAUUUACAGGGCUGCCUCGACCCCUCCACCCCACUCCUGUAGUGGACUGGGACACACGACCAUUGCCACCACCCCCUGCCUACGAUGAUGUAGCCCAAGAUGAAGAUGAUAUGGAGGUGAGCUCCAUCAACGGUUCCAAGCAGCAGCUUGAAGAUGAAACAAGUCACGUCCGUGGUGUUGAUGGAGCUCUCUCUUCAGGACACAAGAUGGAGGGGGAAACCUUCAUCUCAAGGGGGACAGACAGGCCAGUUCUCAAGGACAACCUUGUUCUUCCAAGUGAGCACAAUCGAGACGUGUCCACCUCGUUCUCCCAGUCUGUGGAAAUCUUUCAAGAGCUCCAGCAAGAGUGCAUGAGGAGGCUCAAUACCUCCACAGGAAGAGCUCAUCGAUCCUCACCAGCCCAGAUCUCAACACCAAGACCUCAGGUGUUUCAGAAUUCACAGGACGAGCAGCAGAGGUCCUUCUCCACCAGUGAGGACAAACCUCAGAUCCCCCCACGUGUCCCCAUUCCCCCUCGCCCCAUAAAGAGGACUGACCACACAUCUGCCCAGUGGUCCAGGAACCUUUCUCUUUCUCUAAUACCAGCUGAAACCAAAGAAACUCUUUCAGUCCUGAGUGGACCACCUCAGAUACCUGCCAGGGACCUUUUGUCUCAGCCAGGAUCCAGAACUCCAAGUCCUAUUUGUCAACUGGGCUCCACUCAACAGAGGCCCUGCUCUGCCAGCCCUACCCUGCAGGUGUCACCUGUCCCCUGCCCCUCUGCACACAUUCACAGCUCCUACCUCUCCACCUCUCCAGGUAGACCCAUGUUCACCACGCACAGCUUUGCCUCAGACCCUAAAUAUACUGCACACAAAAUGAUCCAGGAGCAGGAGAACAUCUCUGGCAGCAAAGGUCCGUGCAUCCUGCCCAUCGUCUGUGACGGGCAGAAAGUCAGUAACACUCAUUACUACCUUCUGCCAGAGAGGCCUCCUUAUCUUGAUCGACUUGAGCAUUUCUUCAGGGAGCCAAAGAGCCUCUCCACCUCUGAUGCAGAGGAGAAACACGUACGACAGGCUAACAUGGCCACGGUAAGACCAAUAGUAGUCAACACCCAACCAGUCCAGAAACCUGGGCUAGUCCAGCUGGGGGAGCUGAAAGCCAACUUUUCCUCAAAUAAUAACAUCAGUCUGAGUGGACCCUGGUCAGGACUGAAGACAUCAGUGAGUCUCCCUCGUGUGUGUUCAGACGGGUGGACAACAUCGGAGGUCACCACUUCCUGUCCCACGACAGACAAUGGAGGACAGUCCCUGGACACAGUCAAAAUGGUGCAGGAAGCCGUUCAUGCUGCAACAAUAGAGGAGUGUCGAGCUGCUCUCCAAAACCAAAACUGGAACGUCCACAAAGCUGUGAUUUAUCUGAAGGUGGAGCAGUUGUUCUGUUUGGGUCUGAGGAGCCGUUCCGAGUGUUUGAAGCUACUGGAGACGUGUGACUGGGAUCUGGAGCUGGCCAGCUCUCAGAUGUUCGAUGAUUCUGGAUCCACAACAAAACAAAGAUGGAGACAGGAAGCUGAGAGCGGAGCGUUCUGAUUGGACCAUCAGCAAGACCUCGUCAGACGGAGGAUCUCCCGUUUGCUGCUUCUUUCAUGAAACUGAACAUUUUACUUUGACAGAUAAAGAGACGAGCACGACUUUAACAAGUACAAUAUUUGCUGUAGGUACAAACGUGUGGCUGGGAGAAUAAA